AUGGCAUCCGAGGCGCUCUAUAAAGUGGGGGAUGGGGAGGAGGCCAUAAUGAAGAAGGAAACCCUCAAUGUCGUAAAUGCACUAGAACAACUGCCAAAACCCUUUCCAAAUCCUAAGUUCAUGAAACGGACCGUCGCUACCAAAGGACUCCCGCUUUCCUCAAGAGGCAGUUUGGUUAACUUAUUGGAGCAAGAUAACAUCAAUUUCGAGAAGACAAUGCCAUUGGAGGAUUCUGAGUGCAGCUCCGACGACACCAGCGUGUCCCCCAUCUCAUCCACCUUGUUGAAUCCCAUCAAAUUGGCCGUGACACAACCCAACAGCAGCUUCUUCGCAGGGAUGCUGGAGGGUGAGCUGAACAAGCUCAGUUUUACCACAAUGAUCAAGAACACAGAUAAAGAACUGGCUCUCUGCCCCAGCUCAUCCAAGUCCCAAAUGGCCACCAAGGGUCUGCUGGACCUUGACAACCCUGCGCUGGACUCAGAUACAUCCUCAACACGCUCUGAAUCCUCUGUGGUCCUGGACGUGCCAGAGGCCCCUUUCAUCUGUGAGCACACCGUCAGCGACUCUACAGCUGUGAUUUCCUGGACCUAUUCCUUGGGCAAACAGCAGGUCAGUUUCUACCAGGUCCUGUUACAGGAGAUGACCAAGAAAAAAGAAGAGUCAUCAUCCAAGGGCAAGAACCGUCCAUGGAUCUUCAACAAGAUCUUGGGUACCACGGUCAAGCUGAUGGAGCUGAAGCCUAAUACGAGUUACUGCCUCACUGUCCGUGCAGCCAACACAGCUGGGGUGGGGAAGUGGUGCAAGCCCUACAAGUUUGCAACUGUGGCCACUGACUUCAACAGCUUCCCUGAGUGCAACCCCAUCCAGAUCACCGUGCAGCGCAAGGAACCUCAGCGAAGAACAGUGUCCAUUGGGCUGGAGGACAUGCGAAGGCUGGAGGAUCUGGAAUACCUAUUUCCUUACUAA